GGUCAUGACUCUCCCAUUCAUGGAGCCCACUGCGUUGGCCCCUAGUAGAUGUGCAUAUUCGUAAUGCCGGUUGAUUCCCUGCCCUGCACUCCAGUUCAAUCCGCCCCUUUCACACUAAACAGAAGGAAGACGAGGCAAAGUCUCCCAUGAAAGGGAAGCUAACAAGUCAAGUCAAUGGCUCAAUGCAUCCCCUGGCUCCCGACCGUAGUGCAUGCUCAUAUCCCUAGCUAGCUCGCUUCGUUCCUCACUGCUACCAAUUCAAUUCCAACCUCAUCCUCUUCCAGAGCUUCAUCGUCUCAUCAGUUGGUGGCUUCAAACCAUGUGCAUCCAAGGCCAUGCCGUGGCCCUAGUGGUUCCUGCAGGUCUGCUGCUGACCCUCACGCUGCUUGUGGCUGGUAUACCGUGGGAGGCGUGCAACAGCACCAUCACGGGGAACUACACGGCCAACAGCACCUACGGCGGCAACCUCCGCCUGGUCGCCGCCGCCCUGCCAGGCAACGUCUCCACGUCCCCCACCCUCUUCGCCAAGGCUGUGAUCGGGACGGCGCCGGACAUCGUGUACGCCCUCGGGCAAUGCAGCGGCGACCAGAGCGCCGCCGCCUGCCAUGACUGCAUCAACGCCAGCUUCGCGGCCGCGCAGAAGCUGUGCCCCUUCAACAAGGGCGCCGCCGUGUUCUACGACACGUGCUUCGUCGGCUUCUCCGGCCGGGACUUCCUCGCCUCCACCACCAACUCGGACGAUCAGGAGGUGCAGCUCUACAACGGCCAGAACAUCACCUCCGACGGCGCCGACCGGUUCAACGCGACCGCCUACGAGCUCCUCAACGCCAUGGCCGAGCACAUGGCGACCACGAACUCGGAGAAGUUCCUGACCGGAACCAUUGGCUUCGACGACGCGACCUACCCCAACAUCUACGGCAUGGCGUCGUGCACCUCUGACUUGACGCCCGGGCAGUGCCGCGGGUGCCUUGAUGCGGCAAUUGCCGAGAUGCCACGGGUGUUCAUCCCGAACACCAAGGGUGCCAGGAUUGCCGGGCUGCGGUGCAUCGUGCGCUAUGAGGUGUACCGUUUCUACAACGGUUCCACCAUGCUUCAGCUGCCAGGCACCCAUGCUGGGAGAAUCGGAAGCAAGAAGAGUAAUGAUACUGGUAAAAUUCUUGCAAUCGUGCUACCUAUAGUGGUGGCUAUAGCUGCAAGCUUGGCGAUGUGCGUUUUCUGCAGGAGGAGAACAAAAAGUAAAAGUAAAAGGUCGCUAUCAUUUACAUCUCAUAUGGAGGACAUUGAAUGUAUUGAGUCACUUGUUAUUGAUCUACCAACAUUACGUUUGGCUACCAAUAACUUCGCUGAAGAUAAAAAGCUCGGUGAAGGAGGAUUUGGUGCAGUUUACAAGGGAUCCCUUCCUAACGGUCAAGAAAUAGCGGUGAAAAGGCUAUCUCAGAAUUCUCGACAGGGAAUAGGGGAACUAAGAAAUGAGCUAGUUUUAAUUGCCAAGCUCCAGCACAAAAAUCUCGUGAGGCUUGUUGGAGUUUGUUUGGAAGAGGAAGAGAAGCUUCUUGUGUAUGAAUACAUGCCUAACACAAGUUUGGACACCUUUCUUUUCGACUCAGAGAAGCGGAAAGAGCUUGAUUGGGGCAAGAGGUUUACAAUAAUAAAUGGAAUUACCCGGGGAUUGCAAUAUCUGCAUGAAGAUUCUCAGCUGAAGAUAGUUCACCGCGAUCUAAAAGCAAGCAAUAUUCUGUUAGAUACUGCAAUGAACCCUAAGAUUUCAGACUUUGGCUUGGCAAGGCUAUUUGGAGAGGAUCAAUCGCAAGAUACCACUAGAAGAGUUGUUGGUACAUAUGGAUACAUGGCACCAGAAUAUGCUCUGCGUGGGCAGUAUUCCAUUAAGUCAGACAUAUAUAGCUUCGGUGUGUUGAUUUUGGAGAUCAUCACGGGAAGGAGAAACAGUGACUCCUACAAUUCUGACCAAUCUGUUGAUCUACCAAGUCUUGUAUGGGAACACUGGACAACAAGAUCGAUCACGGACAUGGUUGACCCUUAUUUUAGGAGUGAUUCAUCUUGGGACGAGAUUUUGAGGUGCAUUCAUAUUGGACUAUCCUGUGUCCAGGAAGACCCUGUGGAUAGGCCAACUAUAUCAGCUAUCAGCAUCAUGCUCGAUAGCGGAACGGUCCCCUCCCAACCUCCAUCCAGACCAGCAUUCUACGUAGAAAUGAGUGGCAACGUUGAUUCAGGCAUGUACUCAUCCCAAUCAUACCCAGGAUUUGUUAAUAAGUCUACAGCAAAGUCGACGGUAGUAUCACCGAAUGAGCUAUCGGUUACAGAUCCUGAACCAAGGUAAGGUUGGAAAUAGUUGACCAAAACAAGCAUAAAUGUACGUGGUUUUUGUAAGGAAAAAAGUCAAGCAUCUUAUUUGUAUCUAAAGAAGGCAAGGGUGUAUAAAUGUGUGUACGACGACUAGGAUUUAGCCUACUAGAUACAUGCUUGUAUUUCAUUAGAAUGUUGUGUGGUCACUAUUUACUCCUCUCCGGGCAUUGUAUUGAAAUAAAAGAAGUCAUGGUGGUGUUGCUGUAAACUUCAUCGUAUAAAACUGAAAAAAAAAAGUAAGAUCAUCAUACAUCUUACCAAAUAAAUUUGAUGAAA